AUGGUCUCGCUAUGGCCAUGGAAGAAGGACGACUCGUCGACCGCCUCCUUCGAAAAGAUUCUGUCUGUCCUGUCCACCAAUAUCGCCACAACGCAAGCUCGCCUCGAAAAGGCCCGCGCGUCUAGCCGUCGUGUCCGCCUUCUCUGCACCCUGUACCUCUCCAUCGCCUACCUCAUCUACGCCAUCGUCGUGCUGGUCGUGAUCGGAUGGAAGAACAUAGGCGCGUACGAAUGGUCCGGCAUGGCUGGCGGCCCCGUCGUCAUCUACCUUGUUCGCACUGCCACCUCCGCCGUCUACGACAUUCGUAUCGAUAGCCUGAGCUCAAAGCUCAAGGGUCUUCAGGGGGAGAGAGCCACCACCAUACAGAAGUUGAAGGAUGCCACCAAAUACGAUUCUACGCUGAAGCUCCUGGAGAAGUAUGGUGGCAGCGAUGGGAGCCCUAAACCCAAGAGAAAACCCACUGAGGAUGGCGACGCCGAAUCCAAGAGCCCGGCGCGUUCACGACGACAAAACUCGGGUCCCGCGCAGCGCACAAACAUGCCCCCACCCGCUACUGCCAACAUCCGCCGCGACCCUCCCGCCCUCUCGCAUCCAGGAACACCUCAGCCACCAGGCACUGGACCACAGGAACUCAUGCAGCAGCAGCAGCAACGCCCGAGCCCAGCGCAUCAGCAUACAGAUCUCUCGGCCGAAUUUGCGCCCAACGCAUUCGAAGCACCGAGGCCGGCUUCUGCGCAUGUUGCUGGGGCCCAGUACGAGAUGAACCCCGCGGGACUCCAGACCCACUGGUAUGACAGGAUCAUGGACACUCUGCUCGGCGAAGAUGAGACGGCAGCCAAGAACCGUAUCGUCCUGAUUUGCAAGCAGUGCCGGCUCGUCAAUGGCCAGGCGCCCCCGGGAACGAACAGCCUGGCCGAGGUGGGCUUGUGGAAGUGCAUGGGAUGCGGAGCCAACAACGGAGAAGAGAACGAAGGCAAGCGGAUUGUCAAGGAAGUUUUGGGUGGGAGAAGUGAGUCCGUAGAGAGGACGGACGAUGGAAACGAGAGCGACCUGGUUGAAGUACGGGGUGACGAGGCUUCGGAAGAAGAUACUGUGUCUACGAAGGAGGAGGGGGAAACCACUGGUGCAAAGAGACGGAAGGAGGGUGUUGGCCCUGCCACGCGACACUUCGUUGCCGCACCCUCUCGGCCUGUCCCGCCAUCUGCUUCUCCUCUGUCCAGCUCCGAGGGCAUUGAUGAUGUGGACUCCCUGGGCACGAGCCAUGGCGGGAUAACUGAGGCUGGCGACUUGGUUUGGGUCUGCUCCGACUGCCGUUCGUCCUCUUCCGCCGAAAGAACUGUUUACGUGGGAGAGUCGGGCGACCGAAUCGAAGUCAUUACCGAUACACGCUCCCGGCCUUCUAAUUCAAGGCACAUGGAGCUCAGGCGCAAGUACUCUUCGUCCGAUCGCCGCGGUGAGUACUCUUCUUCCAGCCGUGACUCAUCCUACUACGGUACAGACUACGGGAACUCUUGGGAGGAGUCAUAUCGGGAAGCUAGUCGGUACAUGGGACGUGACGAGCGGGACUAUGAGACUUUCAGCCUGGUUAUCCUCCUUAUGAUGGGACAUAUCAAGACGGUCCUCAGGCACAUCAUUCAUCGUAUGCUGGAGCUCGACAGUCUCGCAGUGAAGGAUAUCGUCCUCAUUCAUCAGACGCUCAAGCUCAGCAGACUCAUGGGCAAGGUGGCGAAAUCAAAUAUGUGUACUCGUGCACAGAGGGUCCUGACGGCGAGAUAA